AUGUCGGUGUGUUCCCUUAAGCUCACAUGUGCACCCCUACUUCCCACUGUGGCUGAAUCUGGAGCUGCCUGCCAGACUCUGCUGUCUCUUCCUAUGGAUUUUAACUUGGAAGCCGUAUUAGGAGACUAUUUUAGAGAAGAUGACUUUGUGGCCCACACUCCUGGGAACCUCAGCUCUUCAUCUCUGAGAAGGAAGCUCUUUUUGGAUGUGAAUGGAAGCAUCUCAGACCCUUUGCCUUCACCAUCUCCCGGAAGUCCUCCCUACAGUGCCCGGGGAUCUUUGCAUGGACAGUUUUCUUCCAGCCCCAUUCAGAACAGUGUGAAAAAAUACAGUUUGGGAAGCGUAACCACAAGCCCGUCAGCUAUUUCCUCACCUACCUUCUCACCUAUUGCACUUCAAGUAGGAAAGACGCCGCUCUCAGAACCCAGGAAGCUUACGUUCCAUUCUCCUGAAGCUUCAUGUGGCACAGCUUCUACGGGGAUCGCUAUCCCGAGCAUCAGGAGUCCGUAUAUAGAUGGCUGCUCGCCAAUCAAAAAUUGGUCUCCUCGGAGACUGAGAGGUGGCCCUCAGUGUUUGUCCUCCCUGAUCCGGAUACCUUUUACCCUGGAGGCUCACAGUGAAGAUGAAGAAGUCGACGUUUCCUCCACAGAUGCGGCUCCACUCGGCACAAAUGCUUGUGGUGAGCCUCUAGUUGUCACUGCCAUGUCUGUUAGACAGAGUCACUCUGGUAUUGCUGAGAAAGAGCGAGCACUGCUGGAGGAUGCGGAAAGUGAGAGGGAAAAUGACACCGUGGAUAUGGUGGAUCCUAUAGACACAGUAGGUGAAAGCACUUGGAUAAAAGAGCCAGUGGAUGAUGGGAAUUCACCCACGACGGAUUCUGUGAGUGGAAUUGCCUUCAGUAUUGAAAACUCUCACAUGUGCAUGUCGCCUCUUGCAGAAAGCAGUGCUAUCCAGAUGAACAGUGACUAUAACACACAGACUUGUGUAAGUAAUAUCACUGAUAUUGUUGGGACAGAAAGCUAUUGCAAAGAAAAUGUCACACAUACAAAUGUUCCAAUGUCCUUUGAAGUGGAAAUGAAAUCUCAAGUUAAUAAGCAAGGCCACACAGCGCAGCGGUGCUGGAUGCAAUCUCCAAGUCCAUCUCAGUGCAGCCGCCCAGAGUCUCGAGACCCAAGACUGGUGCUCAGCAGUCCUCCCGGAUUUAUGAGGGCUGCGAGUUAG